AUGGACUACGGCUUCUCCCCUGUUCGCGAGUGCGGAACACUGCACUUCCCCUCUCCCACACACCCCCACAGCUACCGUCUGGACGGCAACCACUUCUCCCAUCUCCAGCAGCUGCGCCGCUCGCUCUCUCGCUCGCCUUCGAAGCCGUCGCGCUUUCAGUUGCGCAACGCCGACUCGCCUCGUUCGCCCAUCUCACCACUGGCUCUUGCGCGCGCCUUCAGCCCACAGCAGCGCAAACCCACGUCGCCCACGGCCGCCUACCCAGAGUCGCCGCUUGGCGCCUCGACUGCGCCGGCGAAGAAGAAGUUCUCGCUGCGCCGCUCCCAACAGCCUUUCCGCUCCUCCCCGCGCACGCGCAACAGCAACUCCAAGAGCCCGCGCCGCCGUGCCCUGGGCGAGUCUACCGACAUUGGCAACUCGGGCACUUCUACGCCCUUCAUGCCGCGGCCAGCCGUCGGCCAGGAAAACGCGCCUGCGACCGCGCCUGUACGUCGGCUCAGUGCAGACUCUCCCGACACCAUGGACAUGGACAAGCGACUCGGAGUCAACGACAAGCCCAUUAAGUUUGAGUUUGCGCGCCGUCCCGAAUUGUCGCCUGCGGCCCCCGCCAAAUCGAGCCCGCUCAAGCGCAACGACGGCUUCAUGAAUCUGGGUGGCAGCUCAGGCAGCAGCCCAAUGGCGAAGCGCAGGAGUCUGCACAGCGUGGCCAGCCUAGGCAACGACUUUGAGAGCAUCUUCGACCCAACUCCGGCCUCGCGCGAGGUCACGGAGGAUUCGUCGCGUCAGGGUCCCGACUUCAACGCGGCCUUCUCCUUCAGCUCUCCCGUGUCAAACACCGUUUCCCCAAUACGCCGCAACCCAUCGUUACGCAAGUCGACCUUGUCACAGCGCACAAACACGCCCCGCGCAAAGCCUACGUAUGACGGCGAGUUUGUGCUACCUGGCCCCGCCGCAUCCAAGACGCGAAACCGCAUGUCUUUAGAUGGCUCCAUCGGCUCGCAUGCAGCCUCGCACCAGUUUUGGAGCCUCCCAACCACACCCACUCUCCUACGCACAUACGCCAUCUACAGCCAAGUCAAGCGUCAGCAAUGA